AUGCGUCCGAGCAACACAGGCGGCCGAGCUAUCGUCGUCCCGACCAGUCGUUUUUCAUUCAGCGGCCACGUUGAUUCAGAAAACAAGGGAAAAUGCUCGGUCCAGCCGGAAACCUCGGCUCUUAAGUUCACGCCGCUCGAAGGGCCCCCGCCGCCUGGAACCACUGACAACGACGUCGGCGGAGCCUCUUCUGAAGACUUGCCGAAGAAGACGUCGCUGGCCGAGAAACGGCUCGGCGGCAAGGAUCCGCCUCUCAUGCAUAUCACCAUCCCUUCAGGUUCUUUACAACCCUUUUUCAGUGUCCGUUUUAUUGGCGCCACGAAUGGGGUAUUGAGAGGCUUGUGAAGAAGUGAAGUAUAGGAGCCUUGCAUGAAUAAUCAAACCAUCUGCACUUUUAUGGAACUCUCACUAAUUGCCUUCGAAAUGUUGAUGAAGGCCUAAUUCACCAUUCUCUUGACAGCAAGAUGAUAAGAACCAAGGUUCUUAAGCUGAUUAGUCUGAUUAGAAGUAAAAAUUGACAGUUCGCUCGGAAAUCCUAUUAAACUUGAUUAACCAUACAACUCUCAGGAUUAUAAACAAAUUUUCUUCCCCUUGAAAUGGUAUUUUUCCCCCCGAGUGAGUCUAAUGAGCUUUCAAAGCAAACUGUUCGGUUCUUAUCAUUUCGGAGUCAUUGAAUUCAUCAAAAUGAUCCAAUUUUGAAUCGAAAAAUUUUGUAAAACACUGCUCUUCGACCCUGUUAGUUGUACUGCAUGGGUUCCUUGGUUGAGCGAACAACGGAGGACUUUGGAGAGACUUAUGAGCUGAAAAAAGAAAAAAGCGAGAGGAUGGGUUUGAAGUGCGCCGAGUGUAUUUACUGCUUUAAGCACCUAUUCGCCGAAAAAGCUUUCUUUUCUUUUCCUUUUUUUCUUCUGCCAAGUCUUCGUCAAUUCAGAAGCAGAAGACGUCGAAGAAAAAAAAUUAGGAAGAAAAUGGAUUAUCAGAAGAUAUUUCCCGGGAGGUCAAAACAUGUUCAGAUCUGCCAAAAACGAACAAAAAAGAAAAAAAGAAAGAGUUUUUGUUGGUGGUAAAGUAAUUUGAAAACAUGUGUUGUCUGCAAAAGCUCAGACCUUUAUCAUCCUCAAAAAUAGACUAGAGAGCAAUGCCAAAAAAGGAGGCUGGAAUGUCUGUCAUACGUUUUUUAAAAAAUUAUAUAUAAUAGGUUUUUUUUUGAAUUUAAACUAGUUGAUUUACAUGAUAAAAAUCUAAAUUUCCAAUUUUCAGAUGAAGGCGGCGAAAGGAUACCACUAUGUGAGCAACACUCGCCCCUGGCACUUUACGAGGUUUUUUAUUCAUGUUUUAUUCUUUUUUGCGAAAAACUUUUUGGACUAUCUUUGAGUUCAAAAUCUCAUCAAAUUCCUCAGAAAAUAAAGAUAAUAUCUAUCCUGUUUUUGAGCUGCUUGCUCAACCGUGAAUGAACUAUGAGAGCAAUAUUUUGCCUCUUUCCCAUUUUGCCUCCUUCCAAAAUACUCGAAAUAUAUUUCGAAGCACACGAGGCAAAAGGUUCUCAAAACAUGACGCAAAGCGAAAAGAGUAUCGGUUACAUCGUUAGAUUGCACUUGUCUACAACGAAAAGACGAAGAGAAAUUUGUUUAUUAUGAAUUUGUCCCCUGGGGCGUUUAUUGAGAAGAUUGAUGGUCUGGCGUUCCUUAGAUGCCGCCUUCCUAUUUGAUUGAUUUUGAAGAAUUUUUUAAAUGUUUUAAAAAAAACCUUUGCUCUCGAGAAAAUUUUAAAUGAAUUUUGAAAUAUUUUUCAGCAAGACUAUGACACACAAGGGCAGAAAAUUGGACAGAUGUUGCGCAAGCUCUCCGUCUACAAUGCAACAGAAGCCACCAGCGCAGAAGCUGACGCAAAACCAAAAGUAAGUCUUUUUCUUCAAGCCAUUGAAACUUCUUUCAAAAGAAAAUCAAAACUUCUUAACAGCCCUGUUGCUUUGAACCUUUUUUCUCCUUUUCAAGCUUGUCGUUGGUUGAAAAUGCGACUUUUUAUUGGUAUCCGAAGCGCAGACGAAGUUGCGAAAGAAGUGGCUGAGACUCCUAACCGAAUUUUGUUCUACUCCUUCGAAUCCCUCAAAACUCUUCUCACCGGACAAAAAUACUUUUUGUUUUCUUUGAGAAGGAACUUUUCUAUCAGAAAGAAAUGAAAAGCAUAGCAAGGUUUUACUUGUGGAAAAUAUUUUUGCAACAAAACUUUUUUCGACGAUUUCACACAUCCGUGCGCAAAUCAAAUAUCCUAAGAUGACGUAAGCCAGAUCAGCAUAAAUUUUCCUACGCGCAAAAACAUGGAAGGUUUCUUCAGGGCAGAGGGAGGGGGAAGAGAGAAGAAAAAGAACUGAAAUUACAGGCGGCAGCGGCGAAAAUGGGCACGAUUAUGGGAGUAUUUCUACCGUGCUUACAAAACAUUUUCGGUGUCCUUUUCUUUAUCCGACUCGCCUGGAUCAUCGGCACGGCCGGUAUCCUUCAAGCCUUUUUCGUCGUCCUCACUUGCGUCUCAGUCGUUAGUUUUUAAGAAAAAAACAUAUUUUCAGUAAAAAUGAGUCAUUAUUCAAAAAAACGCCACAAUUCAAAUCUUUCAUUACGUGUCAACCAAAAAAACCGGAGCUUAAAAAGUCUUUUUCAAACACUAAACUAUUAGAAUCCCAAAAAAGCUUUAUAACUGUCUUUUUUUUUAAAAUCUCUAACGGAAAAUUUUAAUAUGUCCUUUUUUCAUUUGUCCCGAUGAUUUUAAAUACUAAAAAGUUCAUAAAUUACAUUUCCUAAACAACGAAAAUGCUUUUCAGACUUUUCUCACAUCAAUCUCGUUAUCCGCGAUCGCCACGAACGGUGUAGUACCAUCAGGAGGGCCCUACUACAUGAUUUCUCGAAACUUGGGCCCAGAAUUGGGCGGAGCCAUCGGUAUUCUCUUCUACUUGGGCACUACUAUCGCCGCUUCAAUGUACAUCACGGGUGCCGUUGAAAUUAUGUUGGUGGGUUUUUUGGAAGAUUUGGAACACUUUAGGAUGAAAAAAAAAGAAAGUUUGAAGAGGAGGUAGGAGAACGGCAAGCUCUUGAAACUUGAGAUCACAGAAAAACCGAGGUAGACACACAAACAGACAAUUAACUAUUAAUAGCGACAUGCGAGACCAGAUCGAAAAAGUUCCGUAAUGGAAGCUUUUGACACUUCCAGAGAACUUCAAAUCUCUCAGUAGCACAGUAAGAAGAGAACAAACACGGGAAGGAGAACUGUAGGGGAUGAGUCAAUCUUGUUGACUUUUUGACGCUUUUUAGGACGAAAUGUGUUGAACCAACAGAUAAAAGACGUUUGUGAAUGAGAUAAUAAAAACAAUCUCUUCACUUUUCGAUUUCAUUUGAACUUCGGACUUAUCAGUGAAGAAAGGGAAAUCAAAAAGGAAUGAAAAAGUUUUCGUUCAAAACAACUGUUUGAAGUAAAAAGAGAUCUUAGGGCGAAAUUAUUGUUGAAAAAAUCUGAUGAGCAAUCUUUGGGAACUAGCUUCAAAAUUUUGAAUUUUUUUUUUAAAUACAAAAACCAAUGGCUUUACUAAUCGAGUUUCAAUAGAAAAAAAGGCCAAAUUUAGUUUCAGCAGUUUUAAUUUCAAUUCGUAGCCUAAAUCAGGUAUGCCAAUUGACUGAAAAUCAAACUUUUCACUAUUUUCAACUUUUCUUCGAAGUUUCCUCUCGUUGAAAAAAAUUUAAUGCUUCAAAACUAUUUAAAAAUAAACGUUUCACCUUUUUUUUUCCCAACUCAUUAUCGAGUUACAGUUGUACCUUUGGCCGGAGGGAAAAAUUUUCGACUCGUUGUUCAACAACUACCGUCUUUACGGGUCCGUCUUACUCGUCGCCUUAUCUCUCAUCGUUUUGGCUGGCGUCAAGGUAAUUUUUGGACAUUUUAAACGAAUCUCAAUAAUCUUUCCAGGUUGUGAACAAGUUCGCUCUACCGCUAGUCUUCGUCGUAGUUUUCUGCAUCUUCUCUGCAAUAAUUGGAGCUUUCAUUCGAUGGAAUGGGUCUGACAGUUUGCAGUUAGUUGAACAUCCCUUAUUCCAAAGAAACUGAAAAUCUUUGAAGGUUCUGUAUGGUAGGAGACCGACCGGCAGACUUGAGUUCCUACUUUGAAAAAACCCAAAUAGUCCCCAAUUGCACGGCCGACGGGCUCGCUCCCAUUUUCUGCAACGCCAAUGGAACCUGCGAUCCCUACUACAAUACAGUUCGUUUUUCCAUCCAAAUUGGCCCAGUUAAUCUCAUAAAAACUCAGAUGAAGAAUAUCAAGAUUUGGCGGGCCAGUAACAAGCCAGCGAUUCGAAACGAGGUAACGAUUCCGCCUUUCUGUUGAAAACUUAUCAAUUUUCAAAAUUACAGCCAGUCAUCAAGGGAAUCGCUUCGGGUGUCUUUUUCGAGAACCUCUGGCCAAAGUACCUGCGAGCCGGGGAAGUUCUUUCGAAAGAUCGAAAGGUUGGUCCUUUCAAAACAUCAAUUUUCACGAAGCUUCUUCAGGACAAGGGCGAUAUUAACCGCGGAGGCCAUCCGAGCUAUAUCUACGCGGAAAGCGUCACCAACUUCAUGAUACUAGUAGGAGUGUUCUUCCCUUCAGCGACAGGCUCGAAUAUAAGACCAAAAGCCCUUGAUUAUUAAGAAAGUUGCAGGAAUCAUGGCUGGGUCCAACCGAUCUGGAAACUUGCGCGACGCCGCUCAAUCUAUUCCUAGAGGAACGCUGACCGCACAAAUUUUCAGUAGCUGUGUCUGUGAGUGAUAGAAUUAUUAGCGCAAAAAAUAUUAAAGUUACUACAAUCUUUACUCAAAACUGUUUAGACUUGACUGGAGUGGUUCUAUUCGGCUCAACGGUGUCGGAGAUGUUCAUUCGUGACAAGUACGGUCGUUCUGCGAUGGGAAAACUGAUCAUCUCUGAAGUCGCCUAUCCAUUUCCCUUCGUCAUUCUUGUCGGCUGCUUCAUGUCGACGAUUGGAGCCGGAAUGCAGUCGCUCACUGGAGCGCCAAGACUUCUUCAAGCUAUCGCUGCUGGUAACUCUUCUUUCGCACAAUUCAUUGCAAAAUUCGUCCUUUAGAUGACGUCCUGCCUUUCUUGAAGCCGUUCCGCAAGAUGGACAAACGAGGAGAACCGAUUCGUGCCAUUCUGCUUACUCUUCUCAUUUGCUGGUGCGGUAUCCUCAUCGCCGUCAUCGAGAAUAUUACGGCGCUCAUCACCCAGUGAGCUCCCACUUUAUUAUAUUCUUUUGAAUUUCAACUUGAUAGGUUCUUCUUGAUGUGCUAUCUUGGUGUGAACACUGCCUGCGCUCUCCAAUCGCUUCUUAAAUCUCCUGGUUGGCGUCCUGGAUUCCGUUACUUCCACUGGUAAGAUAUUUUGGCCUGAGAAUUAUUCCAAACAAUUUCUUAGGUCUCUCUCCAUGGUCGGAGCGAUUCUGUGUGUAGUAGUCAUGUUCAUUUCGGCGUGGCAUUUCGCUCUUUUUGCUAUUUUCAUCGGCGCCGCCGUUUACAAGUACAUCGAGUACGCUGGUGCGGAAAAAGAAUGGGGAGAUGGUAUUCGAGGUCUUGGGCUGUCUGCUGCGAGGUCUGUCAAGUUUCACGGAAAAAAAAAAUAGGAAAAAAUUCUUUAGAUUCGCUCUGCUCAAUCUCGACGACAAGCCACAACAUUCAAGGAACUGGCGACCACAGCUACUCGUCAUCACUGGAGACACAGAUUCGCAACACACUCAGGGACUUUUGUCGUUCGUCAGUCAGCUCAAAGCCGGCAAGGUAUAAUUAAACGCACGGUCUACUAUAAAACCUGACUUUUUGUAGGGGCUCACCCUGGUCGCUCAUUGCAUAGAGGGAGAAUUCACACGAGAUCACGACCAAGCAGCCGUUGAUCUCGAAAAGCUGAAGGCUCUUCUCAAGAAGAACAAAAUCAAGGGUUUCAGUGAUGUUCUUAUCGCAGAGAACUUCAUUGAGGGCAUCAGCUGCCUGGUCCAGGUACUCAUAUAACUAUAAAAGUUGCUUUAAAAAAUCUUUUCAGACGUCUGGAUUGGGUGGAAUGAGACACAACACCGUGGCGCUCGCCUGGCCAGAAAGAUGGAACUCCGAGCAUCAAUGGCACAUCGCGCAUCGAUUCGUUUCUUCCAUCCGAUCUUCCACCGCUGCCGGGUAUCCAAACCGGAGAGUUCAUUGACAUAAACUAGUUUGUAUUCAGAUGCGCCAUAAUGGUCGCGAAAUACGCCGACAAGUUCCCAGCAAGUAGCACAAAAGUCUCUGGAUUCAUCGACGUUUGGUCAGUGAAAUCCAAAAGUUUCCGCAACUUCUAGAAAUAGCUACUUCUCACCUAGAGCUUCAGUUUGAACUAUUUCUCUGAAAAGGAGAUAGCCCAUAAAAAAAAACUACAUCCGAGUAAAAAAUUUUCAAAGGCCUUGUUGCAGUUUUUUUAUUAUACUUCUCAUGAAAGCAUAAGACGUCUUUAAAUUUUUCUGAAUUAUUCAGAUGGUGAGAAGAAGAAGUUGUAGAUUUUCACUGAAAGCCACAAAGAGGCGCUUUAAAAAAGCUUUUCUCACAUAAUUUUGGUAGAACUGCUAAACGACUUGAAACAUCUCGAAGGCUCUCAGAGUUUUUCCAUAGAUCAUUCGCACUUUUGUAGGUGGGUUGUACAUGAUGGUGGUUUGUUGAUGCUUCUGCCAUUCCUUCUCCGUCAACACAAAACUUGGAAGAACACUACGGUCCGGCUAUUCGCCAUCGCCCAGAUGGAGGUUCUCAUGCCGUUACCAUGCAUUUUUUAUCACUACUACUUCAGGACAACAACGUACAAAUGAAGGCCGACUUGGAGAAGUUCCUCUACCAUCUUCGCAUUGAAGCUCAAGUCUUUGUUAUUGAGAUGGUAAAUUCAUUGAAAAUUCGGAAAAUCUGAAUCGAAUUCAGACCGAUUCGGACAUUUCUGACUACACCUACGAGAGAACAAUGAAAAUGGAAGAGAGGAGCAAACUUCUUCGCAACAUGAACAAGGCCGACCGCGAGAAAGACAUCCAAACUCAUCUCGAACAAGCCGUGACACGGGAGAGGAAGCUCAGCAAGAUCAACGAGGAAGCGGUGAGUGAUUUCCCCCUUCGCAAAUGAAAAUCUAUUCAGUUUGGAAAAUCCUGAUCUUGAAAACAUUACAGAGCGCCCCAGUGACGCAACGUCUUGAGGCGGUCACGGAACACGCCGAAGAGCAGCCAGCCAGUGUGACUUCUCCGACGAAGAGCGACCGUGGAGUCCGCUUUUCAGAGGAUGAAAGCAGUGUCGAGGUAUGUUCUCAACAGGCAUCUGCUUUAUAUUUUCAGUGUGGAAAAAUCGAUACCUUUGUGCGGGAAAGAUGAAGACUCCUAAUCAAUACUAAUAUUUCAGCCGAAAACUGGCAACGGAACUCUCGAAAAGGAUUCUGAAGAGAAACGAAGGAAGCGACGAUACAAUGUUCACAAGAUGCACACAGCCGUCAAGCUUGGCGAAAUGAUGCGAGAAAAGUCGGCGGGAGCCCAACUCGUCAUCGUCAAUCUUCCUGGUCCUCCGGAUCCAGAUUCAGACACACAUUGUUGGUUUUUUUUUUCAAGUGACUUAUAAAUUAUAAUCAUACGUGGAGGUAACGAUGAAAAUUAGAAAACCACAAGCACGAGAAAUAUUUUAAAAACUAAGAGGAAAAAAAGGUACAUCGGAAUCCUAAUUUCCAGAAAGUUGCGCUUUAUUCCUUUUUCUAAUUCAAAAAGUGAACCCCUCCUUUCGCUCUUAUUGAGUUUCUUACUGACCCAUGUAUGAAAGUAGACUCGUAAUGAUGAUGUCACAACCGAAUGAGCUGAUUUCAGACAUGGACUUCAUCGAAGCUCUGACCGAAGGCCUCGACCGGGUACUUCUUGUACGCGGAACCGGCGCCGAAGUCGUCACAAUCUACUCAUAA